AUGCAGAGUCUCUCACGACCGAUCCUUCGUGCAGCUGCUUCCCCAAAACUGCUGCGGCCCUUUUCUGCUGCCCCAUCCGUCAUGGGCGAAGGCGACCUGGGCUCCCCCAAGACGCGCGGGUUCCUCUCCGAGAAGGACCAAUUUACUCGACGCGAGGCUGCGCAGGAGGCCAUGUACAUCCGCCAACAGGAAAUCGAAAAGUACGCUCUACUGUGUGAUUUGGCACUCUCCCUGGAAUCUUUUUCUGUCUAUCUUUGGAUGUUCGUGCUUUUCAAACCCUGGCUUACCCCAUCCGGUAGACUCAACCGCCUGCGAGAGAAGUUGAAGGAACAGCGUCGCCACAUGGACGAACUCGACAAACAUAUUGAGGAAUUCACCAAGAGCCAGGGAGGCGAGCAGAAUUAG